UAGAAGUUGCAGCCUAGACAGUAUUCGCUUGGAAUAUUUUUAAGCCAUGAAGGCAGUAGAGUGUGAGAACAGUCUUUUUAGAACGGUCUUUUUACUGUCUAGACUUCUAAGCGGUUAGGCCCCAAGCGGGUAGAAUAUGUUAUCUUAUUUUUGUUCGGGCCGAUGUAACCGGUCCAAACCAAUAAGCAUUAGUCUAUAUAUCUCACUGUCUACAUGACAGAUUUUCUAACCUCAACAACAACAGUACAAUUAUAGAAUGAUGCGCCCCUUUGCAGGAGGUCUGUUUAAGGACUAAUCGCGAUGGCAUCGAGCAGAAGUACAAGAGAAGUUCUAUUAUCGCUGGUGGAUGAUAUCGAAUUAAUAGCAAAGGAGAUGAUAGAAAACACAAUCGCUCAGAAGCCUUCAAAGCUUUCUAGCACAGAGCACGCUCAGUUAACUGAAUUAUUAGUUGCCAAGGAUAAUGAAUUAAAGGCGACGCUGAAACGGGCCGCUGAACAGGCUAAAAUUAACUUGAAGAUGGAGGCAUUGAAAGCCGAGGUAGAGAGGCAAGACCAGGAUAUCCAGCAGCUGCAACGACAGUUGAAAGAAGCAGAACAAAUUUUGGCUACUGCGAUUUAUCAAGCAAAACAGAAAUUACAAUCUAUCGCACGUGCUAAUAAGAGACCAGUUCCUUCAGAAGAGCUUAUUAAAUAUGCACAUAGAAUAAGCGCAACCAAUGCCAUUUGUGCACCUUUAACAUGGCAACAGGGAGAUCCCAGAAGACCAUAUCCCACAGAUCUCGAAAUGAGAGUAGGAUUCCUAGGACGGUUGAGCGACCCAAGCAAUCUACCUUUAAAUGGACAGUUACUUGGGUCUCAUCUAGGAGUACCAACAGAUUUACAUAGGGCAGGACAUCCUGCUGGAGGUAAAAGUUUUUAUAUUUUUGUUGUUUCAGAACCACCUGUUUCGCAAUCAAACCAAUUUGCCUGGCAUCCAUCGGGAGAGAUUCACAUGUCGGUUGGUGGACAGGGCAGUGUAGCGGUGAAUACACAUAAACAAGAAACAGAAGACGUCGAAGUUAUGUCUACAGACUCUUCGAGUAGCUCUUCUAGUGAUUCUCAAUAGAUAUUAUUUAUACCGUAUCAAGCUGGAAACACAAAUAGGAACAGGGGACAGGGAAUAACGAAUCAUCCAAUUAGAGCUCUGAGGUAUAAUAUCAAACUUAUUCCGUUUCUUGUUCCUAUUGCCUGUCUAUUAUGUUUCCAGCUUUAGAGAAAAAUAAAAUAUUUUUCUCAAUAAAACUUAAA